CGCCCUAGAGAAAAAUUUCAUUGUUUAUUUUUUUUUUCCUGUGAGGGGAAUUUUUUUGGUUCUUUUUGCGCCGGGAUUUCCGCAGCUUUAAUUUUUCCUUUUUGUACGUGGAGCGAUUGCUUUUGCACGCCUUUGAGUUCUUCUCUAUACCCACUCAAAACAAGCAUUCUCCCAAAAGAACCAACUUCGACUUAUAUACAAUGGUUCAAAAACUUUACGUCAAGUACAAUGAUGUACACAAGCUGUGCCAGGAGUCGGCUCCCCAGAUCCUCUCCGACUUCCAGCCGCAGCUGAUGAUCGCCAUCGGCGGCGGUGGCUACGUCCCCGCCCGUAUCCUGCGUUCCUUCCUCAAGAAGCCCGGCAACCCCAACAUCCCUAUCCAGGCCAUCGGCCUGUCGCUGUAUGAGCAGCUGUCGACCGACUCGGUGGAGGAGGCGCCGGGGACCAAGGUCACGCGCACGCAGUGGCUCGACCUGAGCAGCCUCGGAGAGAUGAGCAACCUGCUCGGCAAGCGCAUCCUCAUCGUCGACGAGGUCGACGACACCCGCACCACGCUCGAGUACGCCGUCAAGGAGCUCGAGAAGGACGUCGAGGCCGCCAGGGUCAAAGCCGGCUACGAGGGGCCCAAGACUGAGUUUCAGAUCUUUGUCUUGCAUAACAAGAACAAGAACAAGAAGGGCACUCUGCCUCACGAGAUGUUGGAGAAUGGAAAGUACAUGGCCGCAAGGACCGUCGAGGAUGUUUGGAUCUGCUACCCGUGGGAGGCCGCCGACAUUGAUGAGCACGACAGGCUAGCAAGCCUGCAGACGAAGGAGUAAAUGUUACUGUUCGUCAUAUCAAAAAAUAUUUAUGAACGCAAUAUAAGCCAAGCGACGAAAAAGUUUAGC